AUGUUAUUCGAUGAUGACAAUACAGCAUACACAAUUGAACCAUAUGUUUCACCUACACGUGUUCUCCGGUGCUACAUUUGUCAACAAUAUGAUGAUCAUAUUGCUGCAUAUUGUCCAAACAAAGACAAACCAAUUUGUUUUAAAUGCGGUCAACAACAUAGUUAUAAUCCAGAUUGUCAAAAUGAAGUUUGUUGUGUACAUUGUAAGGGUGGCCACAUGGCUGGAAACCCAAACUGUCCAAAGAAAAUUGAAACUCGAGAUUUAAAAAAAUUACAAAGGAAAUCAUCAUCUUUGAUAUCGACAAAUUUAUCUUAUACAAAUAGAUGGACGGGAAAUUCUGCUCGAUAUCUCUUUGGAAAUUCAACAACAACGACGAACAAUAAUGCAAAUGAUAAUAAUCGAUUAAUGGAAAUGAUAGAUACAAUCCAUGUCAAUAUACAAACCGUAUCACAACAACAAUCAGAUCUAAUUAAACUCUUCAACGAUUUAAGUGAUAAAACAAAUAACCAAGUAAAGGAAACGGUUAAUAUCAAUCAGGUUUUGAACGAAAUCGUUUGUCCAUUGUUAAAAGACGUAACAAAUAUUAUCUAUACCCAGAUAAAUCCUCAACAAAAACAGCAAAUAAAGUCAGCACAUAAUAAGUUGGUCAGUUAUCUUGAUCAUAAAGUUUUUAAUCAGUCGUCGUUCACCGUACAACAUAUUCUUCAAUCAUCUCAACAAAUACAAGCGGUGAGUCCACAAACAACAGCUCGAUCCGAUGACACAAAUAUUGAUAUGGGACAAUGA